GAUUCCAGAUGAUAUAUGCCUCACGUCUGAGCUCAAAAUUUUUUUUACACAACUCAGUGCAAUACAACUGCAUCGGCUUCUCUCUUAAUCUCCGACAUACUGUAAUACGUUUCCCGUCUCCAAUUGCAGAAAGAAAAGCAGCUUCAGGUGAUCUCACAUGGAAGAGAACAACGCCGGGAGCGACUCAGACUCCAAUUCCGUAGAAGAGUCGCAGGACUAUUACGAGCCGAUCUCAGCCGUCGAUUUAGACGGUGGAGACGACGACGGAAACGAUGAGGAAGACAAUAAUCGUCCGAUCGGUGGAGACGACUUCAGCAACGGACUCUCUAACGGCCAUUGUAUGAUCCUGGAAGCAGAGGACGGAAUCUCUUCUUUAAGUAUAAACGGACACGCAGAGCAUAAGAGUGAGAGCGAAGAAGACACUGAGACGGAGACGCCAGAUUCGGAGAUCCGUGCAGCAUUUGAAGAGGACGAACGGCGUAGAAGAUCGCCGUUAGUGGUGGAGAAUGCGGCGAGGGUUAUGGAGGCAAUGCGAGCCAUCUCGUUCCCUGGAACGGCCCCUGAUUGGGCCUCUGAUGUUAAUGAAGAUCGUUGGAUUGAUCAGCUUCGGAGAUUGAGAUCCACUUCUCAUAACUAAACACUAUUUCUCAAACUUUAUUGGUUCAAGUGUUUGAUCUCUCUUAAGAAUUAAAAAUCCAAUCUUUCUCAAUAUCUGUUUAACGUGACAUCCAAAAUUUCACGAUAACACCAAUUCCAAGCAGAGAUUUU